GGAAAUUUGAUGAGCUUUGACAUUUAAUUUGAAGGUUAUGUCGACAACACGCGUGUAAAUUGGAAACAUAUAGAAGACAAACCCGAAAAAUAGUGAAAAUAUUUUAAAAUGGCCAAACCAGUUAUGAAGAAGAAAAAACGCGUUUCGAAAAAGUCGAAAUUGUCGUGGCGAAAACAUGUGAAUAUUAAUGACGUUGAAGAAUUUUUGGAAGAUCAGCGCUUGGAAGAACGUCUGGGCCCCCCUCUGGAAACUCUAACCGAUGAUCAGUUGUUCAAAGUUGACGUCGAACCGUCUAAGCAAACAGUUUCAUCAAAAGAGCGAAAAAGGAAGCGGUUUUUGGAACCACCAAGAUGUUUUGCUGUGUUGCAGCCUCACACUAAAGUUCCUGAUCCAAUUAGAAAAAGAAAUCGCGUUCGAACCAAAGAAGAACGAAAAAAUGACUUAAUAAAGAAAAAAGAGGCAGAAAAUCGGGCUAAAGGUAUUUGGAAACACCGAGAAUUGCAAGCAAUCCGCGAUCAAAAAGUAAAUGAAGAGAGAAAACAAAAUGACCCUAAAAGGGGCGAAUUUGUUCAAAAUAUAUGGGACGCAGAUGAUCAACUGACUGAAAAUAAUGGUUGGUUUUCAAAAAAUACAGUAAAACACAAUUUAGCGGGGACUGGUAAAAUAAGAAAAACCGUCAAAGAUCUUAAAAAAAUCAAAUCAAGCGUUUUACCCACAAUUGAGAUGCCUCAUCCAGGAAUGUCGUACAAUCCAAGUUAUGACGAUCACCAGGAUCUACUGAAAACGGUCGCCGAAAAAGAAAUGAAAAUAAUUAAAGAAGAAGAACAUCUCAAUCGUGUCACUAGAGACAUGUUUAGUAAAGUUACUGCAAAAAAGAGAGAUUCAAUGUGGCUACAAGAAAUGUCUCAAGGUUUACAAAGUGCUAGCACAAAUGAUAAUGAUAAUGAAAGCGACAGCGAGUACAAAGCUCUUAAUCCACCAACAAAAAAUAAAAAGAAAACGUUGCAGCAGCGGCGAAAACAACAAGAACAAAUGCAGUUGGAGCUGUUAAAAAGGGCUGCGAAACUUUCCAAAAAGAAAAUUUCUGACAUCCACCAGCUGAAAACUUUGAAUAAACAGAUUGACAAAACUGAAAGUAAAGCAAAGAUUUUGAGGGAAAGGCGUCUUAAAAAUUUGUUAUUAAAAAAAAAGGAACCUAAACGCUUGAGCGCGAUCAAGUUUGAAGAAACUGAGUUGGACUUUAACAUGGGGCCUGAUAUAACUGGAAAUUUGAGGAGUUUGAAGAAAGAAGGGAAUUUAUUAACGGAAAGAUUUAAAAGUUUGCAGAAGCGAAAUGUCAUUGAGCCUUCAGUCAGAAGACGCAGAAAGAAGAGUAAAGUUAAAGUGUACACAAAACCAGGACACAAAGAGGACUGGAUUACAACCGUAGCAAGAUAACAGGCAUAGAAAAUGUAAUUUAUUAAUCAAUCCUGGAAGUCAGUAUAGUACAGUAUAUCAAGACUUUCAAUUUAAGUAAAUAAUGUAAUACGUUA